AUGGUGCGACAUUUCGACUUGGUGGAGGCUUCACAACGGGUGUUAGCCUUUGAUACCCUAGCACAGGUCUCCUACAAAGCUGAAGCGAAACAAAAUCUACAGAGAUUACUUGGUGACCAAGGCAUAUCACGUGUGAUGGAAGCCUUUGCUGGAUCGUUAUCCAGCGGACCAAUUGAACUUCGUGUUCGACAUCUUGACGCAUUAGCGACUCUUUUCGAGCAUGGUGACGAUGCGUUGUUGGCGCAGUGGUUCUCCUAUUUGGGCUCUCCAAUGCCAUCCGUGCUGUUAAGCCUUGUGCAAAAGCCGUUUCCAGAUCUUCGUCUUGCAUCACUUCGCACGUUUGCCUCCCUACUGGCACAUCCUUUCGCUCUGCAGAUAUUUCUUGGUUUGUCAGGCUUUCUCGACUGGCUACUGGACCAGUCCACUGAACACGAAUGGGAAGCUGGUCGUCUGAAAGCGGACAUAAUCCGGGCUCUGAUCGCUAGUAAUUCUCCACAUAUCGAUGCUCCGCUGAAAUUGAGAAUGAAGGCAUAUUUCGUGGCACCUAGGAAAGAUCCCGAGGUGGAGAUGAUGCUGUAG